UCCAGUCAUGACUGAAAUCUAUAAGAGGGACCUAGAGGACGCGCGGCUUACAGUUCCUUGAGUCCCGGCUACGUAAACAUGAUCACAAGCAUCUUCUUCCUAGCCUCGCUCCUGGUGGCAGUUGCAGCGCAGGACCAGCCGGCUGCUGGAGGCGCUGGUCAGACAAGGUACGGGGGGCGGCCCAACCGAUUCCAAACCGGUUUACCUCAUGGCGGCGCUGGAGGAUUCGGUGGUGGGAUUGGCAACCAAGGAUUCGGAGGUGGGAUUGGUGGACACCCAGGAGGAUUUGGUGGGGGUAUUGGCCUCCAAGGUGGAUUUCCAGGACAAGGAUUUGGCCCCGGCGUUGGAGGCCAGUUUGGACCAGGCAUCGUUAACCCUGGUGUAGGCGGUGGAUUGAUCGGCACGACGCACACCGACGGCGCAUUGGCGUAUAACUGCGCUGCGACCGCUAGUCAAGGCCAGUUUGGCAUCGACGCGACGUGUGAGAAAUGGUGCAAGACUCCCCAGCAGUACUGGGGCGGCAAGUACGUCUGCUGUGAUGACAGGCCAGCCUUCUGUCCCCCCGUCAGGAGCGAGUGUCCGAAGUUCGGGGGGCUGGGCCCCGUGUGCUGCUUCGUGGACUCACAGUGUCAGAUACCGACGGACAAAUGCUGCUACGACACAUGUCUGGGUCACAAGGUGUGCAAGCCUGCUACCAAACAAGGCUUCUGAUCUAAUUCACUUAAAGUUUUAGUAGCGAAUUCAGGGCUCCACGAUGUUUCCUACAUAACUCUAGAGAUUAACAAUAGCAGUUGUUACGAGGUUUCCCUAAAAUAUGUUGCUGGUUGUAGGGCAUUUUAGCUUAAAUCCGUCAUAAAAAAUUGAACUGUUAAUCCAGAGUUCACUUUCCAUUUCAAUAAAUAUAAAAUUCUAAA